ACAAAAUAAAGUAAAUCUUAGUAGCUACUUCUUCCACCACUGUUGACUUAAGCUACUUAAUAAUCAAACUUAAUCUUGGAGGUUUUAAAUGCAUACAGGCACACCGGCACUCCCAGGCAGCUUCCCUGCGUGAGUCACAAGGUCCAGACGUCUGUGCUCCACUUCCCUCUGUGGGCCAGGGCGGACCUCACCUCCCCUUCGCCCUCAUUCCUAACUCCCUUGACUUUUUCUCUGCGCUGUCCUGUGCUUCUCCUCCUUUCAUCCUCCGGUUCUCUCCAUUUACGGUGGAUUCAUGCUCAGCUCUCGCCCUCCUCGGUCGCCAUGCAGAACAACCACCAAAAGGAGCAUCUCUAUAAGAUUCUUGUGAUAGGGGACCUCGGUGUCGGCAAGACCAGCAUCAUCAAGCGGUAUGUCCAUCACAACUUCAGCCCCAACUACCGAGCCACCAUCGGGGUGGACUUCGCACUUAAAGUCCUCAACUGGGACCAGGAGACGGUGCGCCUGCAGCUGUGGGACAUUGCAGGUCAAGAGAGAUUUGGCAACAUGACCCGUGUGUACUACCGCGAGGCCAUGGGCGCCUUCAUUGUGUUUGACGUCACAAGGCCCGCCUCCUUUGAGGCUGUCACCAAAUGGAAGGAGGACUUGGAUUCCAAACUGACACUUGCCAAUGGGAAACAUGUAGCCACUGUGCUUUUGGCUAAUAAAUGUGACCAGGGCCGGGAUGUAUUGACCAAUAAUGGAAUAAAGAUGGAGCAGUUCUGCCAGGAGAAUGGCUUUGUGGGAUGGUAUGAGACAUCUGCCAAGGAAAACAUCAACAUCGAUGAAGCAGCUAACUGCCUGGUGAAGCACAUCAUUGCCAGCGAGAACGACAUGCUCCAAUCAGAAGUCCCAGAUACCAUCACCCCCCAGUUAGAGAAGGAUAAAGGCGGGACAUGCUCGUCCUGCUUCAGAUCCCAGUAACAGCUCCUGACAGUUGGAUGUCCUUUUUGUAUCUCAUUACAACACAAAGUCGAGUUUGUCUGUGAGCAGGAGGCGGAGAGAGAACAACAUUGGCUGUCUCUUAAGAAGCAUGCAUGGGUGCCAACUCUUUUCCUGUCUGGUAGCUCGGGUGGGAGAGGCGGGGAGUGGCGGUGGGUGAGAAGGGUGACAUUUGUCUCAAGAAAUGGACGGAUUGAAACAGAGACAGAAAGAGAGAAAGAUGCAGCUGUGUGCACUUGUCAAAGGCAAGGUCACCCUCUGGGCGACUUGACACUGGCACUUUGGUUACCAUGGCGACACAGUUAAUGAACACAUGCACAGGAAGAUUACAGCAAAUCACAGUAUAUCUCUUGGUACCUUCAUCUCCUCUUCUCUUUCUUGAGUGUGUCUCCUCAUACCUCACUGACAGCAUUUUAAGUUUUUCACGCAUCAUUCUGAGCUGAUAAGCAAGCAAAAAGAACAUUUAUAUCUCGUAAUUGAAUGGUUUUAUACAAAAUUUAUAUUCCACUGUUUAAUAUUUGUAAUAUUUGUAAUUAUGGGAUAAAUGCAUAUAUACAAAAAUGUACAUAUUAUAUCUAGUAUAACGAAAAGGAUUAUAGAACUAAGGAUGUAUCCAGUUUUCAGCAUGUUGGGAUGAAUAAACCAUAGCUUUACUGACCUAUGCCUGGAUGUGUGUGUGUGUGUGUGUGUGUGUGUGUGUGUGUGUGUGUGUGUGUGUGUGUGUGUGUGUGUGUGUGUUUUAAAUGUUCUGCACACCUAAGUUGUGUUUUCAAUUACUCUGACUGAUUAAAUCUCUAUUCAUACAUAUUGAGUUUUG